AUGCCCAUGAUCCUGGACAGAGAAGCCGGUGCAGCACGCAAGAACAGAAUCACCGGCACUGCAACCGCAGCAGUCGUGAUCGACCCCCAGGUCACCAAGACUCAAGAUGGUAGCGACACCUCCGCAACUUCAUGGGGCGGAUCCAGCAACAAUGAAAGCGUUCAACAAAGCUGUCCAGCCGGCUCAAGCGACGAUAAGAGCAAGUGUUCGACCAUCGAAAGCGUCGAUCCUCAGCGCAUCAAUCUCAGUCUCUCAGCCAUCUCUCCUUGUGAGAGCCAUCCAUCACCAAUCACUAUCAGCAAAACUCCAGCUUUUCUUCCCCCUCAUCGGAGAUAUUAUGCUCCGGUCAAGGCACUCGAGACAGGUACCCGAACCAGCCACACUCCUGAAUUCGUUCCACCUCAUCGCAGAGGUUUGACUCGCAUCAGAACCCCCAAGACUGGUUCUGAAGGUGGUACCAGGUGA